CAACAAGCCGCCGUUGCGAUAUUAACCAGUUUCUAUCGCAAUCAUGGGUAAAGGCAAGCCGGCCGGUCUUAACGCCGCCCGCAAACUCAAGAACCACCGUCGCGAUCAACGAUGGGCCGAUCUGUCCUACAAGAAGCGUGCCCUCGGAACUGCCUACAAGUCCUCUCCGUUCGGCGGCUCUUCACACGCCAAGGGAAUCGUCCUCGAGAAAGUCGGUGUCGAAGCGAAACAGCCUAACUCCGCCAUCCGAAAGUGCGUGCGUGUUCAGCUGAUCAAGAACGGCAAGAAAGUCACUGCUUUCGUUCCCAAUGACGGUUGCUUGAACUUUGUCGACGAGAACGACGAGGUCCUCCUGGCCGGUUUCGGUCGCAAGGGUAAGGCAAAGGGUGAUAUUCCCGGUGUGCGCUUCAAGGUUGUCAAGGUUUCGGGUGUUGGCUUGUCCGCACUGUGGAAGGAGAAGAAGGAAAAGCCGCGGUCAUAAACGAGGAUGGGACGACACAUCAGAGAAUGGCGUACACGGGGUAUGGGCUCUGGCUUAGCAUAGUGCAUCACUUGCAUCACUUAUAGUGGCCCCAAAACAUCGGAUCAAUUCGAGAUACCAAUUUCAUUGGAUUCGCACGUUCCAACGCGAUUGAUUCAGGGGAUAUGUACAAUCUUCCACCGUCUGCCAAACGCCGAUGCAUGAACCGCACGAACAGCUUUACUUCCUGUACCACAUCCGGGUGAUCUUUGUGUGUCGCAUCUUCUUUUGCAGUUGGAAGAUGCCGUACAUCAGCGCCUCGGAUGUCGGGGGGCAUCCAGGGACAUAAAUGUCAACUGGCACGACCCUGUCACAUCCUCUAGUCACACUGUAGCUGUAAUGAUAGUAGCCGC